CAAAAUAAUUAAACACCAUAAUGAUUGGGGCGGCCAGAAUAGGACUUAGAGGAAGACUAGCAACAUUCCUCGUUUCUAACAACUCUCCACUACCUCGAAUUAACAGGAGUCUCUCCUACCCUAAUAACAAGAGCAAAAGGCAUUUCCUCUGCAAAUCUCCCUUGACAUCAUCAUCUCUGAUGGACACCUUAGGUGGUGUUUUCGUUUCUGCAGCUGGGGUUUCUACCUUGCCAUUUGAUAAUGGAGGAAACACCAAUGUUUUUUCCUUGUCUCCUUGUCUUCUCAAAAUUAACAAAGGAGACAUCACCAAGUGGUCUGUUGAUGGCUCCUCUGAUGCUAUUGUUAAUCCAGCAAACGAAAGAAUGCUUGGAGGUGGGGGUGCAGAUGGAGCCAUUCAUAGAGCUGCUGGACCGCAACUACGAGAUGCAUGCUAUACAGUCCCUGAAGUCCGACCUGGAGUUCGAUGCCCCACUGGAGAAGCAAGAAUUACUCCAGGUUUCAAUCUGCCUGUAUUUCACGUGAUUCACACUGUUGGCCCCAUCUAUGAUGUUGAUGGUAACCCUAAAGCCUCACUUAGGAAUGCAUACAGGAACAGCUUGAUUUUGGCUAAAGACAACAACAUUAAGUACAUUGCAUUUCCUGCCAUAUCUUGUGGUGUUUAUGGUUAUCCUUAUGAGGAAGCUGCUGAAGUGGCUAUAUCAACUGUUAAAGAAUUUGCUGAUGACUUGAAAGAGGUGCAUUUUGUUCUGUUCUCGGAUGAAAUUUACAAUGCUUGGUUGGAGAAGGCAAAAGAGCUGGUCAAGGCUUAGUUUGUACUGAAGCUGGAUUUGAGGAUGCAGAAGGUAAUGGUUUGCGUUGAUGUUAUAAGCCAAUGCAUAUGGAUAUUUUGUGGAUUGUCUUAUAUACCGUGACCUUGUAUGAGAUUAGAUGAAUGCUGGCCGCCAUAGUGAAUUUAUAUGCAAGCUAUACUGUGUGGAAACUCUUGAAGCUGUUUUGGAAUUUUAGAUCUGGAACCCCUCUGCUAGGUCUUAUGCGAAUGUAUUCGACUCUUGUCAGCUAAUUAAGCUCUGGCUCAGCCUUUGUUCUAAGGUUCCUCUGUACA